UUAUAGUUUCGCAUUUACUUCCAAUUUUUUGGACUUUUCUAAUUUUAAUCCCCCAAACCGCCAAAAAAAAAAAAAAAAGAGAGAGAAAAGAAAAACAAAUUUUAAUUCCGUGAGCUCCUCUGUUCCUGUCCUGAAGGGCGAAUACAUCCUUUAAAUACCAAAUAUAUAUUUCCCACUCCUCAUAUCAAACAAACUCAAAACACACACACACGUCUCAUAAUCCAUCCAUCAAUAAUUCCCCUUCUUUCAGGGCAGGGCAGGUCAGGGCAGAGAAGUACUGAAGAUGGCAGAAAACGGAGAGUUGAGGUUGGGAAGGAGUGGGAGUUUAGGGAGAAGGGGGCUGCCGAAGAUACAGACGAACAAGGCGGAGUGGUCGGAGGAGGUUUGCCACGACGACAGCGCAACGCCGGUCAAGGCUCAGACGCUUGGCGAGCUUCAUUCUCUUCAGAAGAAGAGAUCCACUCCCACCACCCCCAUCAGAGGAGUUGGAAUUGGAGUUGGAGCAUCUCAGCCCGCAGGAGCUGUUUUCGCCGCCAUUUCUGAGGAGGAUCGUCACAAGCAGCAACUCCAGUCCAUCAGUGCUUCGUUGGCGUCAUUGACGAGAGAAACAGGACCAAAGUUGGUAAAGGGAGACCCGGAAAGGAAGUCAGAGAGCACGCAUUACAGUGCCGCACCUCCCUCCAUUGGCAUUAGCAGUGACAGUGCCCUCAAGUUUACCCACGUCCUCUACAACCUUUCUCCUGCUGAAUUGUACGAGCAAGCUAUAAAGUACGAGAAAGGGUCAUUCAUAACGUCGACCGGCGCAUUGGCCACACUUUCUGGGGCAAAGACAGGCCGAGCGCCCAGAGACAAACGUAUCGUCAUAGAUGAGACUACUGAAGAUGAGCUUUGGUGGGGAAAGGGAUCUCCUAAUAUUGAGAUGGACGAACACACUUUCUUAGUGAACAGAGAAAGGGCUGUGGAUUACUUGAACUCCUUGGACAAGGUAUUUGUGAAUGACCAAUUUCUGAACUGGGAUCCAGAGAACCAAAUCAAAGUUCGGAUUGUAUCUGCAAGAGCUUACCACUCCCUCUUUAUGCACAACAUGUGUAUCCGACCUACUCCGGAAGAGCUGGAGGAUUUUGGGACCCCGGAUUUCACUAUAUACAAUGCUGGGCAGUUCCCAUGUAACCGUUACACUCACUACAUGACUUCCUCUACAAGCAUAGACCUCAAUCUGGCUAGGAGGGAAAUGGUCAUCUUGGGAACCCAGUAUGCCGGAGAAAUGAAGAAAGGUCUCUUCGGUGUAAUGCACUAUCUCAUGCCUAAGCGCCAGAUCCUCUCCCUUCACUCCGGCUGCAACAUGGGCAAAGAUGGCGAUGUUGCCCUUUUCUUCGGAUUGUCAGGCACCGGGAAGACGACUCUUUCCACCGAUCAUAAUAGAUACUUAAUCGGAGAUGACGAGCACUGCUGGGGUGAGAAUGGUGUGUCGAACAUUGAAGGAGGCUGCUAUGCUAAGUGCAUUGAUUUGUCUAGAGAAAAGGAGCCAGAUAUUUGGAAUGCUAUCAAGUUUGGGACCGUGUUGGAGAAUGUGGUGUUUGAUGAGCAUACCCGAGAAGUGGAUUACUCGGACAGCUCUGUAACAGAGAACACUAGAGCAGCAUAUCCAAUUGAAUACAUUCCGAACGCCAAAAUACCCUGUGUUGGACAGCAUCCAAAGAACGUCAUCCUUCUCGCCUGUGACGCAUUCGGCGUCCUUCCACCAGUGAGCAAGCUGAGCUUGGCUCAGACUAUGUACCACUUCAUUAGUGGCUACACUGCUCUGGUGGCUGGAACAGAAGAUGGGGUGAAGGAGCCACGGGCUACAUUCUCUGCCUGCUUUGGGGCAGCAUUUAUAAUGAUGCAUCCUACAAAAUAUGCAACUAUGCUGGCUGAGAAGAUGCAAAAGCACGGGGCUACCGGAUGGUUGGUUAACACCGGCUGGUCUGGUGGAAGGUAUGGGUCCGUUAGCCGUAUCAAGUUGGCAUACACAAGGAAGAUCAUUGAUGCCAUUCACUCAGGAAGUCUUUUGAAGGCAAACUAUACCAAGACUGAAGUUUUUGGCUUAGAAAUCCCGACGGAAAUCGAGGGCGUGCCGUCAGAAAUCCUGGAUCCAAUAAACACUUGGCCAGACAAGAAGGCUUACAAAGACACCUUGCUGCAUUUGGGUGGUCUGUUCAAGAAAAAUUUUGAAGUGUUCUUGAACUACAAGGUUGGCAAGGACAGCAAUCUGACUCAGGAAAUUCUUGCAGCCGGUCCUGUUUUCUGAUGGAAAAGCUCAUGUGAUUGUCGUGAAGAUGAGCAACUCCAAUGAAUAACGGUUUUUACUUUUUCUUUAAUCAUUAUGUAUUCAUGAGUUUAUAUUUUACUCUCUUUUUUUUUUUUUUUUUUCAUGAACGAGUAAAUAUAUUUUGUUUCCACUUUGGGUGGAGAAAGAUCGCUCCAUAUGUUUGUU